UAACGGAGCCUUCGACUUGCAGACUGGCAGUGGAACGAAACACAUUUCUGCAGACGAGAAGAGGAAAUCCCCAAUAAUGGCAGCAGCCGACGUUCUCCUCUCGUCUUCCACUCUCCGUCGAUAUAAAGUUUCUGAUUUUCGUUUUAGUUCUCAAAUCUCACAGUUGGAUCUCUCUAAGAUCCCUCUAAUUCGAUAUGCAUCUGUUGAAUCCGCUGCAAUCGGUUUCUCAAGGAGAAAGCACAUUCUGCAACUGCAAGCUUCUGUUAACUCUACAAGUACAGUGGUAUUAGCCUCUUCGAAGUCAGAUCAGGAUGCUGAUACUGUUCCUAUGCCUAUGGUUUUGAUUGGUCAAGAUUUAGAUUCUGAUGCAACAAUUGUACAACUUAGUUUUGGAGAUCGCCUUGGAGCUCUUAUUGACACGAUGAAGGCCCUUAAAGAUUUGGGCUUGGAUGUGGCAAAAGGAACUGUUACAACUGAGGGAUCAAUUAAGCAAACAAAGUUUUUCAUUACACGUUUGGGCUCUGGCCGCAAAGUUGAAGAUCCUGGUAUGAUAGAGAGAAUUAGGCUUACCAUCAUCAACAACCUUUUGAAGUAUCAUCCGGAAUCUAGUGAACGACUUGCAAUGGGUGAGGCUUUUGGAAUUAAAGCACCAGAGAGGAAGCUUGAUGUUGAUAUUGCAACUCACAUACAUGUUAAGGAUGAUGGACCGAAGAGAAGCGUACUUAGUAUAGAGACAGCAGAUCGACCAGGCCUGAUACUAGAAAUCAUCAAGAUUAUGGCUGAUAUCAAUAUCAAUGUGGAAUCAGCAGAGAUUGAUACUGAAGGAUUGAUUGGCAAAGACAAAUUUCAUGUCAGCUACAGAGGGGCAGCACUAAACAGUUCCUUGUCUCAGGUCUUGAUAAACUGUCUGCGUUACUACCUUCGAAGGCCAGAAACUGAUGAAGAUAGUUACUGAUACCUGUAGAAGGAACUCAUGGCUGGACAUCAAGUGUACCAUCUCCCGCUGAAACAUAUGCCAUGGGUUGGGCCACCCACCUGUUGAGGUUUUCUUUGAGGAUGAACAGAAAAAUAGGAUAACUGCAUUCCAAGAUUCUCAGUAUGGGUUGAUUACAGGAGUUGAAUAUUUCUUGGGAACUUGUUCUGAUAAAAAUAAGACGCUCACAUUGUUGUUAUCCAUUA